UAUCGAACGAAAGGUAUCGAGUAUGGACUUGUAUUUACUCGUACCGUUUCAUUCCUAGUUCUUAUAUUUUUUUGCAAAUACGGACCUAUAUUUAAUAAGAGAGUUAUAUAUAUUUACCCGUAAAUUAUGAGUAUAAAUGCUGGACGAGUUGCUGGUGACAUGCUGUAUGGCACCACACUCUCUGCCGAAUCGAUGAAAGUGAUAGCGGAAAGCAUUGGCGUUGGUUCACUGCCUGAUGAUGCAGCUAAGGAAUUGGCGGAGGAUGUUAGCUUUAAAAUCAAGCGCAUUGUACAGGAUGCGGCCAAAUUUAUGCAUCAUUCAAAACGUGAGCGAUUGAUUUUAGGCGAUAUUGAUCAAGCGCUUAAGGUGCGCAACAUUGAGCCCCAAUACGGCUUCACUGCAAACGAUUUUAUACCAUUUCGGUUUGCCUCAGGUGGUGGACGUGAAUUACAUUUUAUUGAAGAAAAAGAGAUGGAUUUGAAUGAUAUUGUUCAAAGCUCUGCACCAAAAGUUCCAUUGGACAUAACGCUACGUUCUCAUUGGUUAGUGGUGGAUGGGAUACAACCAACGAUCCCGGAAAACCCACCACCACUAUCCAAAGACUCCCAAGCUUUGGAAUCUGUUAAUCCAGUGGUGAAGUUGGAGCAGGGAGUUACCAAAGAUGCAGCGGGCAAGCCAGCAACGGGGAAAAUACAUAAGUUGCGAAAUGUAGAAACUGUGCAUGUUAAACAAUUGGCUACACAUGAGCUGUCAGUAGAACAACAACUCUACUACAAAGAGAUCACCGAAGCCUGUGUAGGUUCAGAUGAACCGCGUCGUGGAGAAGCACUUCAAUCGCUUGCCUCAGAUCCUGGCUUACACGAGAUGCUGCCACGUAUGUGCACCUUCAUCGCUGAAGGUGUAAAAGUGAAUGUUGUGCAAAACAACUUGGCGCUUCUCAUCUAUCUAAUGCGUAUGGUGCGUGCGUUGCUGGAUAAUCCGUCUUUAUAUUUAGAAAAAUAUUUACAUGAGCUGAUACCAUCAGUUACCACUUGCAUUGUUUCCAAACAACUAUGUAUGCGGCCAGAAUUAGACAAUCAUUGGGCGUUACGCGAUUUCGCAUCUCGUUUAAUGGCGAUGAUAUGUAAGACCUUCAAUACAUCUACUAAUAACCUACAAACGCGUGUAACACGAAUAUUCAGCAAAGCAUUGCAAAAUGACAAGACACAUCUAUCUUCCUUGUACGGAGCUAUUGCCGGACUAACGGAAAUGGGCGCCGAAGUAGUUAAGGUGUUCAUAAUACCUCGGUUGAAAUUUAUAUCUGAACGCAUUGAACCACUUCUACUGGGUAAUCAAAUGCAGAGCAACACAGAUAAAACAGCAGCGGGUCACAUACGUGCCAUGUUACAAAAGUGUUGUCCACCAGUCCUCAAGCAGAUACGUCGGUCGCCAGAUUACACUGAAGAAUAUAGAAAUGAUUACGGCUUUAUGGGACCAGCGUUGUGUCAGGCUGUGAUAAAGGCACGAAACGCCCCACCAUCGACCACCACGCCAACCCCAAGUAGCAUUUCGAAUGCGCCUAUUACAUCGGCGGCUGCUACAGCUUCGACAGUAGGGCGACCCCAAGUGACGCAAAUCAGUAGUCCCGUUGUUACGGCUAUACCACAGCUGCGCGCAAUACAACACCCAAGUCAGCCGCCACAAAAGUUUGUCAUUGUUUCGCAGGCUACUACACAACAAGCUCAACAACCUCAACAAGCACAACAGCAACAGCAACAACAAAUACCUAUUGUACAUCAACGACCGGCAACCCCACAAUCGGUAUUGUUGACCACACAACUAAAUGGUAGCGGAAGUAGUGGAGGUAGUGUGGGUAAUUCGCUUUUGAAUAGGAGUGAUAGAACGUCGGUUGAUUCAAACUCAAUUAUUAUUGAGACGGAAGAUAUACGUGCUCCACCGGAGUUGGACGAUUUAUCACAUUUGGAAUAAGACAAAAUUUCUAUAUAAUAUAGAAGUAGUUACGGUAUAUAGUAUUUUAAUUAAGUGUUAAGUCAAUCGUGGGAAGAAUAACUUUUUUUUAUUAGUCUGAGUAAACUAUUUAAUUUUUGUAAUAUGGUGUUUUGAAGCCAUACACAUAGGAUAAGGGCUUUUCAUUAGAGCUAUUCCAACUUGAAAAAAAGUUUAAAUAAACAUGCAGAGUUACUAAGAUGUUUAACUUUUACAUUU